ACUAUCUUUAAAGCUAUUUUUAUAUUUAAUUGGACUAUACCUCCCUUCGUUUUACUUCCUAGCGUUAAUAUUAUAUACAAGUAUAUUAAUAACUUCUUUAAAGACGGGAUAAUUAUUACUACUUUUCUACAAAGUUAUAAAGAUAAUUAA